CUAUCAUGUCUGCAUUCUCUGUGACCAAACCGAGUUCAUACACCACGAUAAACGGAAUCAAUAAACUAACCUUUUCAAGUACCAUUUACCAGUUUGGAUAUCAUUUUAGUACCUCAACUGGAACUUACACAUGUAGAUUACCUGGUGUGUACCACUUUUCUGUCACAUUAGUGAAGAAACGGGCAUCAUCAAGGGUUGAUCGAGUUUAUUGUAAACUUUAUAAGAAUAGGCAAUCUCUGAUUUACAUAGAAGUCGAUCCAACUGACGAUUCAACUGACAACGGUCAUGCUGCUAUAUCACAGUCUAUCGUGAUAAAUCUUAACGUUGGAGACACUGUGUACCUUACUGAAUGUAACGGUUCACCAAGCACAUACAUGGAACAUUGGACUUCCUUUACAGGAUUCCUUCUAUAUCAUAACAAUUAAACAUUAUAUUCAAUAUGUGGUGGCAAAAGAAAAUGUUGAAAUUG